CCCUUAGUAGGGAAACCGUAACGGGUUUUCAAUAUGAAUUAAUGCGCGCCGGUAUCGCGUUACUUCUCUUUUUACCUAACAAUUCACCGAUUUACCGAUUUACCGAUUUACCGAUUUACCUGAUACGAGAUAAAUCAAUCCUCUUUCAUACCAUCGUGCGCAACCGAUUCCAUUAUUCUAUCCCUUGAGUCCCGACUCGCCUGCGAUCAUGGAUGCUCAUUGGGGAAGAAAGCAGUCGGACUCAACGGUCCAAACCGUUGACGAAACUGCCUUAGAAUACUAUAGAGAAGACUCUGUAUUGAAGCCUGUCUCUGCUCGUGCCCACACCGACGACUGGCCCUGUUUUCUACUUACCAACGCCACGAUAUUCCAUAAGGAUGGCACCUUGGCAAACCUGCUGCAUGUUGAUUUGGAAGGUCCGUUGAUUGUUCGUGGAAAGCUUGAAAUUGAAAAGGAUCAAGAAAGAUUCCUUAUCAAUCGACACAUGAAGAACCGUUCACCAUAUAUCCAACUUCAGGAUACAUUAUCCUUCUCGAUCGGCCUCAAAGAAGAUAGGCCUCCCAUGCCGGUACUGUGGGCUAGUGGCGGAGCAGGUUGGUAUGAGAUUGUCCCGUCUGAUGCGUAUAAGGACAUAUGCAACACUAUGUUUCAGGGCAUUUCUCUUCACUAUGCGAUACUAGAUCAGUACGAAGUUGCACUAGAGAAGCUUCAAAAGACAAAGAAAAAUAGGAAUAAGACACUUAGUGACGUCAAGUUGGUCUUGAACGACGUUCUCAUUAAGUAUGCAGUAAACGUCGGCGAUGGUAUCACGUCUGCCGAGGCCUCGCAACGGAUCAAGGAUCAGGCUAUUUUCUUACUUUGUCAUUUUCCUAAAGACACUGAAUUCCACCGCACCUUGGCGGAAGAAUACCCUGACAUUGUGCAACAACUUGCCGCGAAGGAGUCCAGCGAUGCGAAGGCAGCUACAAGCUCAGAACCUAGCACACUAGUCGCAGUUCCGUAUCGAGAUCAAGAGAAGUCUAGUUCUCUCGAAGUCACCAACAAUAAGAAAAGCGGUAGGCCUUCGUUGCGAAAUUCUACCUCAAGACUUCAACGAGAUAGCGAGGAUAUCGAACGUCAAGUGGCCGAGACGAUAGAGGCUUCAAAACGUCUAUCAGUCCAGCCUACCGUAAUCAAACAGGAGCUACCUGUGAAUACCCUGCCUGAGCCUGCCGAUAGUUCUGACCCUGAUCUAAUUGUGGUUGGUUUCCGCACCAAAUAUAACCGGCCAAGAGAAUACCAUAACGUGGACAAGCAACUUGACCCACGUUCGUUUGGAGAACCCAGUGCGGCCGUAUCUGCUAUCAUUGGAGUCUUGCAAGAUUACCGGCAGGACCUACUCUCACUUCCAGGUGAUAAGACAAAGCACCCUGAUGAGGUGACUGCCAGCAACUGGCACACUAAACUUUAUCGUGGACUAAGUGUCAAAAAGCCUCGUGCACUAGCUCAGGUCUGCAUAUACCACGCACGGGACCUUUUGCGUUUCCUUGGACCAGAGUGGCACUCCAGCAAAUUUUACACGUGGCUGGAGGAAAACGUCGACGUAGAACCUAGCUUCGAGGACUUGUCUGAAGAGCGGAUGAAAAAUAUUGUCAGACGCAAGAAGAAAAAUCAACUUCCCCACAACGAUCAAUCUUCCUACGAGGACCAACCUUACGAGCAUCUACCUUACGAGGAUCUGCCUUACGCAAAUCAAUCUUCUGUCCCAAACCAACCACCCCACGCGACUCCAUCUUCUUACUCAAGUCGUAUUUCUCGCGCAAGUCGUUCUUCUUACUUGAAUCAACCCUCCCACGAGCUCCCAGCAGCCAUGGAAUAUCAGGAAGAGAAGGUCCAAGGACAGCAACCCCCCAAUAGAGCUCGCACCAGCGGUAAGGUAGCAGGCCUGCGUCCUUCUAUUGGAGGCAAGAAACGACUACGACAAGAUUUCGGCCUUGGUGACGAAAUGGAGCUGGACGAGGACGGACCGCAGAAGAAUGCAUCUAAGAAGUCACGUUAUUCUUCUACGGAGGACGACCACGAUGAGCACGACGAGGAACGUGAGGCAACCACUUCAUCAGGCAACGAAUACAACGCAGAAGAUGAAGAUGCCCUGACAACCGGUACAGUUGGCCAUUCAACCAAGCCUCCGAAGCCCAAUAGAAAUGGUGUGGACGAUGCAUGGUUUUGCGAAGAAAGUGGUUGCGACUUCGUCGUUCACGCUGACAAUGAAGAUGAUGCUGAAGCCCUUAUCAUGCCCCAUUAUGAAUUGCAUCAUAAGGACGCUCGAACCAAGAAAUACGCAUCGCAGAAGUUGAAUCUUCAGAACAUAGUUCGCGAGGAGUCUCUCAUAACAGGUGGUCUCCCUGUUGGCUUUUUACUUAAGAAGAUCAGUCGAUAUACUGCAGCCCUGGAGAGUCGAGACGAAGAAGAAUGCAAGAAGAGACUAGAGGCAGAACGUCAAAGUCGCAGAUCAAAGCCUCAAGGACAGAAGUCACAACUUGAAGAUCAGGCAACACAACUUCAAAGCCAGGAGAUGCAAUUUGAUGUUGAGGCAGUGCCGGAGCCUAAGGAGCGCGACACCCUACAAUAGAUCCAUACUCUUGCAUAAACAUCAACGGCACAACGAUUCUUUCUUUUUUGCGUUUGAGGUUCCUAAUUAUCGACAAUCGGAGCCUGGAUAUGAGACGAGACCUUGACAUGAGACGACAUUCACAACCAACCUUCACAACGGACGGAUGAUACCCCUUUGCAUUUGACAUGGUUGCUUGGCGUUGGUGAAAUUUGUGUUUUCAACCUUCAAUAAUAUGCCCCAGGAGGCAAUCUGUGUUUUCCUUGCAACUCAUCCGACAAAAAUUUGGCGCGUUUUUCUAAUACUUCUACGAUGCAAUCUCUGAGCCCGUGUGGCAUUUUGCGUUGAUCAUGAUCUGCCCAAGAGGCACUUUGUG